AGCUCAAACAGCUCAGUGUUUGUUCAGUCUGUCAAUGAGUAAACCUGCUGCAGGAACACCUCCCCACACACACACACACACACACACACACACACACACACACGGUGUCGGAGCUGUCACAGGGAUCAUGGCGGCAGUCGGAGCCGGGGUCAGCGGGGUCAUCGGGUCGUGGUUCCUGCCAUCAGGAGUCGUCGGGUCCCUCCUCCUCCUGCUCCUCCUCUCCAUCCUGCUCACGGCUCUGUGCAGCGAGUGCAGCAGACGUUCGUUUGAGCUUCAAGAAUCAGAGAGGGACACAAAUCAUUCAACUCUCAUCAGUGUGGUGAAACUUGAGGAACCUGUGAUGGAGAGAGUCAACCCUGUGAUCAGCGAUAUUCAAAACGACGAAAAAGAUUUUUCUUUUGAAGGAGACUCGCUCUCGUUCACCUCCUGGAGGAGCCACCUGGAGGCGCCACCCAACAACCAAGAUGUUCAGACCAAUGGCUGUGCAGCAGUGAUGGAAGCGUCUCCUGCUGGUCAGUCCAGGGCUGUGGAGGAAAACUCAGUCCAGUUCACGGCGUGGAGGAGCCACCUGAGGGCGCCAGAGCAACAAGAUGUGAGCUCUGCCGAUUCACACUCAGACCACAUCUACCAUUCCAUCGGAGGAGGGCGGGCGGACGCCAACACGGUGACACCACCGAGGACCAAUCCUGACCAGGACGGAGGCGGAGACGACACAACGCGCCCCCCCGAUGCACCGACGGUGGAUUUUAGUGACAGAAAUUCAGUUUAUGCUCAAGUCAGCAAGAAGGUGAGACAGGCCCCGCCCCCUGCCCACACACCUGAGGUGGGACAGGUGAGGGAGACAGAGGAAGGGGAGGAGCCUUUACCUCCGCUGCCUGACAGAGAGACGGAGAAGGAGGGAUGAUGGAGUGAUGGAGUAAGAGGACAGAAAAAUGAAAGACCAGAAAGAUAAAACAUCAGAGACAAAGGAUAUCAGAAUAAAUGAUGGACGGAUAAGACUUGAAAACACAGACAGACAAAUUACAGAAGGUGAACAAAGAAGGAUAAAUAAAGACAAAGGACGAGGAGGAACCAUGAGAGAUGAAAGACGAGGAGAAGGGAUAAAAUACAAAGGAGGAGAAGAGACAAAUGAAGGACAUGAAUGGAGGAAA